AUGGCAGACGUUCCAUCCAGCUUCGGUACCCCCGAGGCGCUCAGUCCCCUCAUAUGCCGCACAGAAAGUGACCCCCGCCCUGUAGUGGUGAUGACGUGUGGGAUAGCAGGGUCCGGCAAGUCAUCAAUAUCCAAAUGGAUACAAUCCAACCAUCCAUCUUUUCAUCGUCUCUCUAUCGAUUCAUAUAUCUACAGCCAUCAUGGCCUUUACGGAGUGGAUUACCCGAAAGAAAAAUAUAACGACUAUCAAGAAGAAGCUGCCGCUGCACUACGGAGUGAAUUAGCUCAACUCGUUCAACAGGGAUCCCGGGAUGCCAUCCUAGACUUUGCAUUUGCAUUCCAGGAAACUCGUGACGAGUGGAAAGAUCUGAUUGAAGAGUCCGGUGGUCGCUGGGUACUGGUUUAUUUGGAUGUUGAUGCUGAUGAAUUAAGGCGACGAGUCAAGGCCAGGAAUCAGUUGGCUGUUAAGGAUGGGGAUUCGGCGUUUUUGGUGACGGAGGAGAUUUUGGAGAGUUUUAUUGCUGGCUUUGAGAGGCCUGAUGGAGAGGGUGAGGUUGUUUUACGUCUUAAUGAUUAA